AUGUUGUUAAAGCUUGAUGAUGAUGAUGCUGAAUGGGAUACAUUGCUGCAGCAAGUUGUGUUUGGUUAUAACAUGUCGAAACACGCCAGCACCAAGUUUUCCCCUUUUUUCCUGAUGUACGGAAGCAUAAAUGAAUGGAAAAAAGCAAACACUAAACUUCGUAAGAGUAGUGUUUUAAAUGCCAACGUUGAAAGAAAUUUCUCGAAGAUUCACGAGAAUGCACGAUUAUUUAUGAACAAUCACGGAGAGUUGCGAACAUUCACGGAGAUGUACGAAGGGUCAAGGAGACUUGUGAACACCCACAAAUACGCAGGGAUAUUUGACCCGGAAGUGCUGGCUUUGAACAACGACGCUAACUGGACACUCAUUGGCUAUUUCCAGUCCUGGAAGUACUUUUUAAAUUCCACCGCCGAAUUGAGAGCACAGCUGCGUUUUAACGACAAGAUAUUGCUAGACAUGCAGAAAGCUUUUCCCUCGUUUCUGAUUUCCAACAGAACAACAGUAGGCGUCCACAUACGACGGGGGGACAUGAACACCGGGUAUGAACGAAACCGCGGCUACAGUGUAGCACACCUGGAUUACAUACAACGAGCGAUGCAAUAUUACAGAGACAAGUACACGGAUCCCAUGUUCGUGGUAUGUUCCGACGACAUAGUCUGGUGCAAGAAACAUCUCGUAUCCAAGGACACGUCUUUCGUUCACGUCUCGGCGGAAGUAGACUUGGCUGUGCUUGCGCACUGCACUCACAGCGUCAUAACUUCCGGAUCGUAUGGGUGGUGGGGUGCGUUCUUGGCAGGAGGGGAAACGAUCUACUACAAAAACUUUCCACGACGAAGGUCAUGGUUGGAAACGCAGUAUAAACGUGAAGACUAUUACCUUCCACACUGGGUGGGUUUGGACUGA